UAACAAACAAUAUCGCUAUGCUAUUUAGAGGCAUAAAUAACUACAAAAGCAUGAAUAUCAUUAUAGAUUAAACAGAGAGUUAGGGAGCUUUGUGGUUAGGAGACUACACAGCAGCAAUCAAUUAAUAACUCUUAAAAUAAAAGAAUAUAAAAACUGUAUUAACAGUAGCAUCUGGAUUGAAUGUAAAAUAUCCUCCUAAUUCGGAUAUUGUCCAUAAAGUAUAAAUUCAAUUAUUAAUUGUAGGUUUACAAUAUUCUAGAUAUUGAAUCAUGUAAUAUAAAGAGAAUAUGGGGAGAUACAUACUAAUAAAUAGAUGAAGGACUUCAAAAGGGAAGUGUCUUAGUUCAUUGUGCUGCUGGUGUUUCCAGAUCAGCUGCUACAGUGAUAGCUUAUCUUAUGAGAAAACAGGGAAUGUCAUUUUAAGAAGCCUUUUAAUUCACAAGAUUGAAGAGAAGCGUAGUUUGUCCGAAUUUCGGCUUUUAAAGAUAACUCAAACAAUUUGAAAGAGAAUUAUAAAAUUCUAAUUAAAAACUUGAUACAGAAAAUACUUAAUAAUUAUAAAUAUCUUAACAAUAAUAGUAAAUUAUUAAACCAAUCAUCCAAUAGCAAUAAUUAUCCAAUCUAACAAUAUAACCUCAUUCAAUUUCAAUUACGGAAAAAAAAUAAACAAUUAGAAGAAAUUAGUUAACUCCUGCUUCAAAAUUCCCUAAACCUCUUUACCAAAGUAAUGUUAAGCAAGCUUAAUCUUUAAAAAAAUGA